AAACAGAGAUAAUAAAGCAGAAUGCAAGAGGAAGAGGGGCAGUUACGGUAUUAUCCACGGCUGCGUAAAAACGUGAAUAGUUAGAAAUGUACUUGAAGCGAGGGAUCAUUGGCUUAUUGGCGAUAUUAUCGCUCUGCGCCCAAAUUGAAGCUCGAUCCCACGGGAGAGCCGAGGUGGAAGAGGAUGACGUUUCCAAAAAGAAUACUAACACCGGAGGUUUAGUAGCCCCACUACGAGCAGAAGAGAUCACCGGACAUGUUCCCGACAAACCUCACAGGAGCCCCAGAAGAGCAAAUUACGCUGGCAGACCAUUCCAUGGCAACGAGUUUGCGCCUCAUGGGGGCGGCGGAAGCCCAGGGCACGGAUAUUACGGGAACGGAGGCAGCUAUGGAAGCACUGGACUCUACCCGAAUCUUGAAAGCUACGGGAAUAUCGGAGUCAAUGCGAACACACCGAGCUACGGAAAUUCCGGUAUUCACAGAAUUCCGGGAGGCAAUACCGGCAUCGUAAAUCAUGGGAAUAGCGGAAGCUACGGUCACCCCGAAUCGUUUGGAGGCUACAACACUGUUUCUCCUAGUGCGGGGAGUUACGGACGGCCUGGAUUUUCCGGGGGUUACAACGCUACUCCUGGAAAUACAGGAAAUUACGGAAAUUACGGACGGCCUGGACUCCAGGGGGAAUACAACACGACUCCUGGAUAUACCGGAAGUUACGGAAGCCCUGGUUAUCAUGGAGGCUACAAUGCGACGCAAGGAAAUUACGGUAAUCAUGGACGUCCCGCAAACCUUGGCGGCUAUAAUCAGAAUCAAAGAAUUUACCGGAAGUAGAUCGAG